AUGACCUCACCGGCCUCCACAUCGUCAAAAAAGUCAUCUCCCCUGGAAUCUUCCCACCGGAGGGUCCCCACUGCCUGCACGCGGUGCCGGAAGCGGCGGACAAAGUGCUCGGGAACCAACCCGUGCCGCAACUGUAUCCAGAACGCCAGCGAGUGUAUUUUCCAGGUGGAAGAUAUCCGCAAAGUGACAGUGCUGGAGUCGUUUAUUACGAGCUUGAAGCGGCGGAUCACGGAGCUCGAGGAAAAGGUGGGGAAGAAGCAGAAAGGAGAGAACGGCACGCAAAUGCCCUCACAGGCGAACCCCACAGAGAUAAAGGAUGGCGUGAGGGCGCCGGACACAAAACAGGACGCUAAAUGUGAUGAUACCCGUGGGCUAGCCAAGCGCGACUCUACCAAAUUUGACAUUCACUUGGAAGCGAGUACCUCGGAAGCGGUCUAUUCUGCCAUCUUUGCGAUCUUCUCACAGUCGCCGUCCGACCCACCUUCGCCCGUUCGGUCCUGCUCCACCGACGAGUCUCUCUACAACGAUGUGCUUCUGCUGGUGCCAUCACCGGGCCUCGCCCAGCUUUUUGCCUCCGUCACGUUCCACCGCUUUUCCGAUUACGUAAACAACGUGUUCCAGUUUCUCAACUGUGGCUACUUGUCGCUCGAGCCGCUUGCGUUGAUCAACCAGGUUGCGUCGUUCUGUGAGUUUGAGGGGAAGUGGCGCUACUUCGCCCCAGACGCCUUUAUGGCCAAGUGUUGCAUGAUCGUGGCGCUUGGCGAGUUGUAUGAGCCGGCCUACUGUGUUUCACCACGCAAUGUACGCCUAGAACCACCACUAGUCGACAAAGUACCGCCGGGAUUCGCCUACUUCAAGCAGGCAGUUGCGCUUCUCCCGGCGUUUAUCAUAGAGGAAGACGAGCUCGGGACUCAGUCGGUGUUGGUAGUGGAAGCUUUGACACUAGCUGCUAUAUACCUCCGGGUGAUCAACAAAAAUAUUGCCUCCUCGAACUUCAGUCUCCAGGCCUUACAGAUGACGAUAAACAUGAACUUGCACGUAGCGCCGCUGGAGACGAGUCAAGAAGACCGACGGUUGUUCUGGGCCGCGUAUUCGUUGAACCGAACCAUCAGCUUGCGCGUGGGACAGCCGUUGCUCUUGAGUGCUGAGGAAAUCGCCACCCCAAUGCCCUCCGUAAACCAGGCCCCUUCACAAAAACAAGAGCUUUACAAGUCUGAGAUUCACCCCUGUUACAUCCAGCUAGCAAUCAUCUCAGAGGACAUUUGCAAGACGAUCUAUCGCCGAAAGUGCACCACACAGGCAAAUGGCGUGUCCAGUCUGCCGCGCUUCACGUUGUCCAUGUUGAAUAUCUUGUCUAAAUUGGUGCGCUGGGCCGACGCUUUGCCCCAGAACCUCAAGCUAGACGCGUGUCUCACUAGCCAGGGGAGCUAUGAGAGCCAUACAGAGCUGGACCGCAACCGGCGAUUUAUAUACUCCUUGCAUGCCAAUUACUGCCACUGCAUCUUCAUCACUACCGUCCCCUUGUUAAUCAACUUGGUACAGGAGCAGAAACAGAAAGGGUCCAAGGGGUCGUUAGACAACCCCAACGUCUGGAAGAUCAUCCAUAUGAACUUCGAAGCUUGUUCCAUCUCGUUGCGGCUUUACGAGUCACUCUACCGGGGGAAACUCAUCACUACAUACGGGUUUAUGGACCACGAUUACUUGUUUAGCAUUGGGUUGGGGUUCAUCAUGGGCCAGCUGUUUGACUUUUCUGCAUACCCCGUGGAUAUCUCCAAAUAUGAGUUUCUCAAGAGCCUUGGAAAAGUUUUUAACAUAUUGACAAAUUUGCUGCACAACGGGAACCGCAUCGCCCAUUACAAGUGCAUGCAGUUGCUCGACUUGAUACGGUUGAAUCCUGACAUUGAAAGGGAGUCCACCAAGAUGGCUCCGGUAAUGGUUCCGGCUGCGGUUCCGGUAGCCAUUCCGCCUCCAGUGACCGUGCCAAUACCCCACCCAAACGACUUUUUCUUGCCCUUUGACGAUUUGCUUUUUGCGGAGCCCACGGUGGGCAUGAUUAACGACUUCUACAGCACAAUGAGCGUCGACUACUAUAACCUCACGGAAGAUGAUUUUGUGUUAUUUAGCGACACAUUUGACAUGCACGUAUAG